UUGCUUUCCGGCGUCGUCGUCCCGUUCUCUCGUUUUUCGUCUGUCGUCGUCGUCUCAAAGAAGGCCGGUGACGUCUCGGCUGUCACCUUCUCGUCGCAAAGAAGGCCGGUGACAUCGUCGUCUCCUUCUCGUCUGCUUUCCGGCGUCGUCGGGGUCGUCGUGUGUCCUUCUAGUCUCGUUUUCCAUGGGAUCGCCAAGGCCAAGAGACAUCUGAAUGAAGUACCUUGUGAUGUCAACUUGGAAGGUGAAGAUAUUUCCAAUAACAAUGACUUAAGCGAAGACGAGAUUACAGUAGAAAAUCUAUAUGCAGAAGGCGAAGGAGUGGUGGAUGAUGUUCAUACGAAUGAUGGUAGUGCUAUACCUGUCAUGGACAUUCGUGAUUUUAAUAUUGAUAACAUGGAGAUAAUACUGUUCGAAAAAGGAGUAGGGCAGAGAAUAGAUGGGGGUGUCCAGCGAGGAUGAACUUCAAGUUGGAUAAAUAAACCAACCUCUAUUACAUUGAUGAUUGGGUAGAUGAGCACAAUCAUGAGAUGCACGACCCAUCGGCCAAGCAUCUCCAUCGUUCUAACAGG